GCCAGCCCUGCGGGUGGAACCCGGCGUCCCGCGCGCGCGUGAGGCCAGCACCGAGCUAGCUGCCAUGAAGCCAGCGAGAGCUAAGACACCCAGGAAACUUCUGGUGAAGAAAGGCUCCCAGACUAACCUUAAAGACCCAGUUGGGGUAUACUGUAGAGUGCGCCCACUGAGCUUUUCCGAUCAGGAGUGCUGCAUAGAAGUGAUCAAUAAUACCACCGUGCAGCUGCACACUCCUGAGGGUUACAGACUCAACAGAAGUGGAGACUACAAGGAGACUCAGUACUCAUUUAAGCAAGUCUUCGGCACUCACACCACCCAGAAGGAGCUCUUUGAUGUUGUGGCCAGUCCCUUGGUAGACGACCUCAUUCAUGGCAAAAAUGGUCUGCUUUUCACAUACGGCGUAACAGGAAGUGGAAAAACUCACACGAUGAUCGGGUCUCCAGGGGAAGGAGGGCUGCUUCCUCGUUGUCUGAACAUGAUCUUUAACAGCAUAGGGUCGUUUCAAGCUAAACGAUACGUUUUUAAAUCUAAUGAUAGGAAUAGUAUGGAUAUACAGUGCGAGGUGGAUGCCUUAUUAGAACGUCAGAAGAGAGAAGCCGCACCUAACCCGAAGACCCCCUCUAGCAAACGACAAGUAGAUCCAGAGUUUGCAGAUAUGAUUAACAUACAAGAAUUCUGCAAAGCAGAGGAAGUUGAUGAAGAUAGUGUCUAUGGUGCAUUUGUCUCUUACUUUGAAAUCUAUAAUAAUUACGUGUAUGACCUGUUGGAGGAGGCGCCAUUUGAUCCUAUAAAGCCCAAACUUCCACAAUCUAAAAUGCUCCGAGAAGACAAGAACCACAACGUGUACGUGGCAGGAUGCACAGAAGUAGAAGUGAAGUCUACUGAGGAGGCCUUUGAAGUUUUCUGGAGAGGGCAGAAGAGGAGGCGCAUUGCUAACACACACUUGAACCGUGAGUCCAGCCGUUCCCACAGCGUCUUCAACAUUAAGCUGGCCCAGGCCCCCCUGGACGCAGAUGGAGACAAUGUCCUACAGGAGAAAGAACAAAUCACAAUAAGCCAGUUAUCCUUGGUAGAUCUUGCUGGAAGUGAAAGAACUAACCGCACCAAAGCUGAGGGCAACAGAUUACGUGAAGCUGGUAACAUUAACCAGUCACUGAUGACGCUGAGAACGUGUAUAGAAGUUCUGAGGGAAAACCAGAUGUACGGCACUAACAAGAUGGUUCCAUAUCGAGAUUCAAAGUUAACCCAUCUGUUCAAGAACUACUUUGACGGGGAAGGAAAAGUGCGAAUGAUCGUCUGUGUGAAUCCGAAGGCCGAAGACUAUGAAGAAAGCUUGCAAGUCAUGAGAUUUGCGGAAGUAACCCAAGAAGUGGAAGUAGCCAGGCCAGUGGAGAAGGUGAUCUGUGGUUUAACACCUGGCCGGCGGUACCGAAACCAGGCUCGAGGAGGCCCGACGGGAGAUGAACCACUGGUCACUGAAGUGGUGUUGCAGAGUUUCCCGCCUUUGCCAUCGUGUGAGAUUUUGGAUGUCAAUGAUGAGCAGACUCUUCCCCGGCUGAUUGAAGCCUUGGAGAACCGAUAUCACUUACGACAGAUUAUGAUCGAGGAGUUUAACAAGCAGUCUAAUACUUUUAAAGCUUUGUUACAAGAAUUUGAUAAUGCCAUCUUAAAUAAGGAAAACUACACUCAAGGAAAACUGAAUGAAAAAGAAAAGUUGAUCUCAGGACAGAAAUUGGAAAUAGAACGACUGGAAAAGAAAAACAAAACUUUAGAAUAUAAGAUUGAGAUUUUAGAGAAGACUACAACCAUAUAUGAAGAGGACAAGCGUAACCUCCAGCAGGAGCUCGAGACCCAGAACCAGAAGCUCCAGCGGCAGUUUUCAGACAAGCGCAGGCUGGAAGCCAGGCUGCAAGGCAUGGUGACAGAGACCAGCAUGAAGUGGCAGAAAGAGUGUGAGCGGCGUGUGGCAGCAACCCAGCUGGAGAUGCAGAAUAAACUCUGGGUCAAAGAUGAGAAACUGAAACAGCUAAAGGCCAUCGUUACCGAGCCCAAAGCCGAGAAGCCAGACAGACCCUCCCGGGAGCGGGACCGAGAAAAGGCCGCCCAGAGAUCCGUGUCCCCAGCCCCUAUGCCUCUUUCUAGUAACUAUCUUGCUCAGAUUUCCAACGGCCAACAACUCAUGAGCCAGCCGCAGCUACAUAGGCGUUCUAACUCUUGCAGCAGCAUUUCUGUAGCUUCCUGUGUUUCGGAAUGGGAGCAGAAAAUUCCUCCGUACAGCACACCUGUCACUGUCACCUCUAUUGCAAGGCGUAGGCAGCAGGAGCCAGGACAAAGUAAAACUUGUGUCGUGUCAGACAGAAGGCGGGGCAUGUGCUGGACUGAAGGCAGGGAGGUGGUUCCUGCCUCCAGAAGUGAGGUGCAAGUAGAAGAGGACCAGUGCUGCAGGGUUGGUGCCGGCGCUAUGUUUGCUGAAGCGCGGGAUGAGAGAGUUCAUUGCCUUUGCCUUUUGUAACUUGGUCCCCAAAGUCCAAUGGAAAGGUGGUUGGGUCAACAAGUCCAACUUUCUGUCAGUUUGAGAGCUUGAGUCACCCUGAAAUUGGAGCCGAGUUCCUCACCUGAAAAAGCGCAAACACAGCAGGUAGCAGAGGUGAUGGAUGCUAUGUGAGCUCUGGAGCACUUCCCACAGUGAACCUCUACCUCCUCAUGCGCUGGUGUGUGAGCAGACAUGGGAUAUGAACCUGUGCCUUCUUAGUUCCCCUCACGUGUGCUGAGCUCACACUUGAGCAGGAGUGUGUGAGAGCACAUGCUCAGAUUUUUUUCUUUGGUUAUCCUUCCCCAAAUUUAAUUGAAAGUUUUUUCUUAGUGCUUUUGAAAGAAUCCUUUUAAAAGUCUCUCAAACUUUUAUUUUGAAAAGUUUCAAACCCAAAGAGAAGUUGAAAGAAUGGUAUGGCGACUCCUCCCACCUAGUUUUUCCAGUUGUUAUUUUAUCUGAGCAUUUUCCCCAAGUCUUGAAAGUCAGUUAGACUUUGUUACUUCUCCCUAAAGUUAAGACAUUGUCCUACAGAACAGUCUUUAUCAUGUCCAAGGAAGUUAGUAGUAACUGGAUAAAUACCUGCCAACUUCCCCAGCUGCCCCAGUAGUGACUUUCAGUGUUGCCACAGUAAAUGUGUUGCACGUUAAAUUAUGUUUUUUCAGUCUGUUUAGUACAAAAUAUGUUUUCCCCUUUUUGGUUUACAUGAUAUGACUAUUUUGAAGAGUCCUAGAUUAGUUUUGAAGCUGUGGAUGUUUUUUGGGGUUUUUUGGUGGUACUGCUGGGGUUUGAACUCAGGUGCUGCACUGGUAGAGCCACACCUCCAGCCCCACAGAUGCUUUUCAUAUCCCCAAAAUUGUUUUUAACCUCAAAUCCUUCAUCUUAAGUCACAAGGAUGUCUUAAAUAAAUUUGCUUCCAUAUUUUUCUUAAAGAUCAGGAUAAAGUUUCCUUUGAAUCACCAAGUUAAUGUUGAUUUAAAAAUUGGUAAAAUCUUAACAUAGAGUUGUUGAAAACAAAUGAAUCUCAUAGUGCUUGCCUAAGAUUCUCUUAUGUAAUUUAGGAUGGAGACCAAUGAGCCAGCUCAAUGGGGUGGCCUGCGUUCUGAUUACCUGGGUAGUGAGGGCACUUAGCAGGUAGUGAUGGUUCUGAACUCUGAUUCUGACUGCAGAUUUUACCUGAUGCCUUUUCAACAAACAAAUCAUGUGACUGGUCCUUCUGAUUCACUCUAGUCAAUCCCCUUAUUUCAUGAAUGUUUAAGCUAAAACCAUUCCAGGUCUGCUUAUACCUGGCCAGCAGAUAUUUAAGAGGGUUUACUAGAGACUCUAAGUUCUCACUUGAAGUCAUAAUCUCUUUAGAAGUGCAGCAGGAAGGUUACCAUGCAGUGGGUGGCAGCCGCGCAUCCAGCUUUGUGCAACAAACAUUGUUAGGUAGACUAAAUGUUAUAACUUCAAUGAGGGAACAUUUUCAAAUAUUUGUCUCCUGAAUGCUAGUAGAUUGUCUAGGCUGUCACCUUUCCAAAGUUUGUCUCAGAACAUAUUACGCCAAGUGUGUUCAGGAAAAUUCACUCUGCUAAAGACAGAUGGUAAGAGCACAACAUUCAUGGAACCGUUUCCAGAGCGCAAGGUGUCCUCCCUGCGUGGGGCUCAGCGUCUCCAUGGCAGAUUUACUGACCGUGCUUGCUCUGUGAAGGUCUGCGUAUCUCUUUUAACUUCAGAGGGAAACAAUCUGUCCUCUACAUGGGCGUUUUAAACUGGGACUUUUGUAUUUGACCUGGCCUGUAGUAGAUGCUUCCACUUGCUUCAGUUUUAUAAAGAGAACGCUCACAAGAAUGCUUCCAGCUACUAACUGUGUCAUGUGUGACAUAGCUGUUCUCAGGCUGAGUGUGCCAAGUUUAACUUUCCCAGGUGUACAUGGCAUUUGACUGGAAGCAAGAGGUGUUUAUAUAAGACAGACAGGUUUGGUACCCUAUUCUGUACGAUUCUUGGAACCGUUAGGGAAUGUUUUAGGGAAAAUUGGUUGGCAUAUUUUAGCCAUUUAUUGUCUUUGAAUGUUUCAUAAAGUCGAUUUGAGAUUUUAAAAUGUUCAUUGCAAGUGCUCAGAAGUAUUUACACUGUUUUUAAUCUCGUACAUGGGAAACCU